AUGUUAAGAGUUGAAACCAAAACUUGGACACGAGAUAGCCAUGACCUAUUUGAUUAUGAAGCUCAACAAGUUAACAAAAAAAGUUUUUUAAUUUCAACUCCAAUUAAACUCUUUCGUUCGAAAGCACAAGUCUCAUGUGUUGCUGAUAAUCCCCAUUGCUUACCCAAUACAACACAAGAUUAUCUUUUGUCAGUACGUCCAGAGGAAGGCACUGAUAAAUACGUCAUAACACCAGCCGAGCAUUCGCUAAAUACUCAGUACAAUGUAAAAAAAUUAUGGAUUAUCGUAAAGGAUUUACCUGACAAAUCAUAUAUUUUGCACGAAAAUGACAUAAUAAAAUUAGGAAGAUUUAGAUUGAAAGUAAGACAAUUUAUUGAAUCAGUUGAUACUUUAAAUUCAUUAAAAUUAGAUGAUUGUCCGUCAAAAAAAUGUGAAUCUGUUUUAGACUCCUGUAAUGUCCAAUGUAGAAUUUGUUUAACAGAAGGGAAUCAAGAAAAUGAUCCAUUAAUUUGUCCAUGUGAUUGUAAGGGGUCUAUUAAAUAUGCUCAUUUAAUGUGUUUAAGAAAAUGGAUAAAUGGUAGAUUAAAUUUAAAUGAACAGAUGUUUUCUGGUUCUGUUUUUAUCAAAGAUAUAUGCUGUGAAUUAUGUAAGACAAAAUAUCCAAAAAGUAUUAAACAAAAUGAUGAAUUAGUACAACUAGUUAAAAUUCCAAAUUUAAAAACUCCUCUAAUUGUAUUAGAUAAUAUUAUUGGACAGACAAGCAAAGGAGUACAUUUAAUCAGCUUUGCUGAUAAAAAAUAUCUUAAAUUAGGUAGAGGUCAUGAAUCAGAUGUUCGAAUUCCUGAUGUUUCUAUUUCCAGGUAUCAUGCUACUAUUAAAUAUGAAAAAGGAUUAUUUAAAUUAGAAGAUCACAAUUCAAAAUUCGGAACAUUAGUUGCUUUGAGAAAAGCACGAGAGAUAUGUCCUAAGGAUACCAUGUCCUUACAAGUAGGUAGAAGUGUUGUAAACCUCAGAGUAGAUGAAGAAAUUCCGUUUAAGAGUGGAACAAUUGAUAUUAUUGAAAAUAAAGAAGUUAUAGAUUCAUCGGAAGUACCAUCCACAAAUGAUAAAAGCAAUACAAACCCUGCACAAACAAACAAUCCCAAUUUGGAAGAAAAUAAUCGAAAUAAUACUGAAACAAAUAAUUAUGUAGAUCUUACCAGCACACCCAAUUCUUUACAAAAUUCCUGCUCUUCUUACAGAGUUGAUAAUUUAAUGUCUUUACUAAACUACCAAAAUGAAUAUAGAAUUUUUGGUGUUAGAAAUUGUUACAAUAUAGUUGAAGACAGGAAUAAUAACCUUCAAAAUGUUCCUCAGAUAGAAUACGAUGAUAAUAACAUUAACAUAGGAGGAGGAAAUACGCAUAAUAUUCUUGAAAUUGGUAACAAUGAUCAAAUCAUGGAUAGUCAGGUGAACACUCAAAUUGGUGUUCAAAUGGGUAUUCAAAUAGCUUCCGAAAUUGUUUCUAGAAAUAUUAAUCCAAGCAAUGCUGAUGAUGAGAGCCAUAAUGAUCUGGGUAUUGUUCACAGGAUCGAUCAUAUCGUUGGUCACAAUAACAAUUGCAUUAAUGAGGAAGAUAACGAACAAAAUGGUCAACAUGAUAGCGAAGAUGAUAACGAAGAUAAUAAUGAUGGAAAUAACGAUGGAAAUAAUGAAGAAAAUGGUGGAGAAAAUGGCGAAGAAAAUAAUGAAGAAACUAAUGAAGAAAAUAAUGAAGAAAAUAAUGACGAGGGAGAAGGAGAUGAUUUGCGCAUGAAUGAUGAGGAUGAUGAUGCAAAUGGAAGUGGAACGAACAACACAGGAAGUAGUGGCGGUACUAGCGGAGGAGGAAGUAGUGCAGGAAAUAGCGAAGGAAACAAAAGUAGUAACCAAGGCAGUAACCGAGGCAGUAACCGAAGCAGUAAUCGAAGUAGUAAUCGAAGUAGUAAUCGAAGCAAUAAUCGAAGCAAUAAUCGAAGCAUUAACCAAUGUAGUAACGGAAGCAAUAAUGAUAGCAAUGAGUGCAACAAAAGUUAUCUCACAAAUAACUGCAUCAGUAACAAUGAUAGAAUAGGAUUUUAUAAAUCCAACUACAAUAGGAAAAUAUAUAACUCUUUUUAUGAUAAUAUUAUGCAGAACAGAAAACUUUUAAACAAUAUAUGUAUUGAUCAAAUAAGACACAAAAAAGAUGAAGUCGAAAAUUAUUGUGUGAACAAUGUUUUUUAUAUGACAUACAAAAACGGAAAAACUCAGAAUACUAACGAAAGUUUCAAAAGUGGUGUAUCAGACAAGCCAGGUCUCGUGAGUGGAUACGGUAGCAUCAGUUUGAUCCAUAGUGUUAACAACAAUAGCGGUAGUAGUAACAUUCAAAAUAACCACAACAGAAAUGAUGAAUAUGAAAAUUAUGCAAAUCUGAACAUUCAAGAUAAUUUCUUUUGUCAUAACGAAUCGAAAACUCCACAACAAACGGAUUAUUGCUCAAAUUAUGGCGAUAUAAAUACUUUUCUUACAACUAAUUGUAAUACAAGCGCAAAAAAGAUUUACGACUCUGUGAACAGCAGAACCAAUCAGAUCUAUUUUAACGAAGAUGUCUUUUCUCAAUCUUACUACCACAUGAACAACAAAAAGAACGAAAAUUUAAUUCAUCUAAUGUAUAACAAUAAAAAUAGCAAUGACACCAAUGACAAUAGCAACGAUAACAACAAUGGAAUAAUAAAUAAUAGUGGUGCAUAUGAGUUGGAGGGCUAUUUAAAAAAUAAACAAUUUUCUCAUAUGGUAUCUUACCAAAGUAAUAAUAAAACUAUAGAUAGCAUCAACCCACGUAAUUUUUUAAAUGAAAUAAAUGAGUUAAACAAUGAUAAUAGUUAUAACAACUUUAUGACGACUUUGCCAAAUUUUAUCAAUUUGAAUAAUUCUUCUAUAAAUUUUGAAAACAUCAUGUUCAAUAAAUUCGAUGGAAAUCAUUUAGCCUUUGUUCACGAUUCCACAGCUAAUGACCAAUGUGAUGAAGAUAUUAGGAGUAAGAUGAAGGACAAUAGGUUAGACACGUUGAACGGCGGAAUUGACUGCAAUAAUGGUAACAACAAGAGUAGUAGUAAUAGUAUGAGUAACAAUAGAAACAACAACAAUGAUAAUGACAAUGACAACAACAGCAGUAGCAACAGCAGUAGCAACAGCAGUAACAACAACAAUAACAAUAAUUAUAAUAUUGUGCAAGAUGAGACCCUUCUCAAGGUGUUGCCCCAUUUGGAGAGCAGGAGCAACGAGGCUAUGAAUGUGUACGAAGGAAAAGAAUUUGUGCUAAAAAAUAAUAUGAAAAAAGGAAAUUCGCAUAAAAAAAAUAUUAUGCUGUAUUCUCUAGAUAAAAAGAAUGCACGUAAUAAGAAAUUGAAAAAAUCUAUAAAUAGCAAUUGUUCAGAAUUACUACCACAGCAUCAAACAGCGUAUGAGAACAAAAAUGAUAAAUUUAUGAAUAAAUGUAAAGAUGAAAAUGUGCAAAGUGAGAAUUCCCCAACGCAAUUUGUUUUUUAUGAUAAAAAUCAAUAUACCUCCAAAUGUGGAAAAUCGGAUCUUUUGAAAAGUAACACAUCUCAGAAUAAUCCAGUGCAAAAUAUUUCAAGACUAAAUAUAAUUAACGGAACUUUGAAUCCUCAUAAUACGAGUGAUGGACUUCACAAUUACUAUUACAGAAAAAAACCAUUUCAUGAGAUCUCGUUUUACAACGAAAAAUUUUAUUACGAAAGUUUGGAAGAUUACAAAUUUGAAACAUCCAAUCGUAGUUGCAACAAGAGAAAUGAACUUGGUAUUUAUGAUUGUGAUCAAGACAGCAAUGAUAGAAGUUCCAUUGAUACUAUCCGUUGUGAGGACAAUAAUAGAAGCAAAAACAGGAACAAAAUUCACAUGAAAAAUUACUCACAAAAUCUUGACAAUUACAACGACAAGUUUAAUGUUCGUAGAAACACAACCUUUAACAAUUUUAGUACACUGAACUGUUUGAAUGAUAAAUUUAAGUAUAUCCAUGAUGGGGGAGAUAUAAAGAUCGCUAAAAUUAAUUCAGAUUUUCUUUUAAAUAAUUAUUGUCUGGAUGAAAAUCAAGUUCAUUUAAAUAUGUCCCUUCCGUUAUAUAAUAACUUUAUGAGAGAUGAUGGAACAUCCUAUUUGAGUACUGAAAAAUGUGCAGAUGUUAUUAGUGGAAGCAAUCCCACAUUAGGGGUAGAUUAUGAAAUGGUAAAUCAUCAAAACAUGAACCAAAAUAGUGAUAAUUGGAAGGAAAGAAACGAUUGCAUCAUUGAAAAUAAUCAGAAUUAUGAGGAAUUUAUGACUAAGUGGGAUAAACAGAAAAGCAAAGAACAAGAUUUAAAUCAUGAGCAUACUAACAACAUCAAAAAACAGUUUCAAUACAGGAGUAAUAAUAAUAAUGAUAUGGUGGGGAAGGAAUAUAAUUCUCAAUUGGAAAAUGCACACAAGGGAGAUGCUAUUCGAAGUAGUGAGAAUAAUGACGCCCAUUACAUCAACUGUAAUUACGAAUUAGGACACUUAAGUCAGAAAAACCCGAUCCACCAACUAAAUCAGAUCAGUCAGAUGGAUCAGAUGAAUACCAAUACACAACGUUGCAACUUUUUAUAUCAAAUGGAAGGAAAUACUCCAAUGACAAGCAUGGAAUUAUUUUCCAAAAAGAAGAAAAAAAAUUACAACAAUAGCGGACCUAUGCACAGAGACACUGUAAUCAACGAUAGCAUUGACAACGGAAGCAAUAACAUGGACGAGAUUCAUAUGAAUCUUCACCCAAGAUACACAUAUCACCAUACUCAAUUAAAUAAAAAGAUAUGCCCCAGUGUUAAAAAGAAUGAAGAAAAGAGGACGAACAAAAUAAAUAAAAAUCAAAAUGAUAAAUUUAUCGAUAUUAAUAUUAGAAAGAUGAAGAAUGGAAGAAGAUUCAAGAACAAAAAUUAUAAAAGUGAGAACUGUGAUGACGGGUUCCAAAUUAGUUCAAUCACAAGCAAUGGUUUUUCGAAAAACAUCACUGAGGAUAGCACAAUCUAUAAUCAGAAUGGAUCAAAUCUUUACGACAAUAAUAACUAUAAGGGAGAUCAAUUUUCAAUUGAAAAUAUUACCAAUGAGCAGGUGAAUUUUAUGGAUACUGGUAUAAAUAAUAAUCAUCAUAUUGGGUCAAAUAUUUCCAAACCGCAACUGGUUGAACUAGCUAAACUCUAUGCAUCUGGCUUAAUGCCAAAUGAUGAUAUGUAUUUUCACAUGUACAACGGAAGUGGGAUUUCUGGUCACUCGAAUAUAGUUUUAAACAUUAUAAAUAAUAAGUCUCUGAAUGAGGAUAAUAUAUACUGGAAGGAAGAACAAGUGAUAUGA